UCAGGAAGAGGCGGAGGAGGCUGCGGUGGCAGCAGCGGCGGUGGCGGCUUUGGCUCGGCUCUCUCUGGGUUGCUGCCGACGGGCUUCCCGGUGGUGUCGCUCGCUCGACGGACCGGGCUUUCGAGGCUUUAAGCGGGCGGGGUGAUGCAGCCUCCGGGCCCCCAGCUGCCCCCACGGCCCCCGCCGCCUCCGCCUCUCUACGCGCCCAACAACGGGGACUUCACUUUCGUCUCUUCGGCCGACGCCGAAGAUCUGAGUGGCUCAAUAGCCUCUGCAGAUGUGAAGCUCAACCUUGGUGGAGGAAAUGGGGAAUUUAUCAAAGAAUCUACUGCAACUACAUUCCUGAGGCAGAGAGGAUAUGGCUGGCUUUUGGAAGUAGAAGAUGAUGACCCUGAAGAUAAUAAACCUCUCUUGGAGGAGUUAGACAUUGAUCUGAAGGACAUAUACUACAAAAUCCGAUGUGUCUUGAUGCCGAUGCCUUCUCUUGGAUUUAACAGACAAGUAGUAAGAGAUAAUCCUGACUUCUGGGGCCCUCUAGCAGUUGUCCUGUUCUUCUCAAUGAUCUCAUUAUAUGGACAAUUCAAGGUGGUAUCAUGGAUUAUAACUAUUUGGAUAUUUGGAUCCUUGACAAUAUUCCUGUUGGCCAGGGUUCUUGGAGGCGAGGUUGCAUAUGGCCAAGUUCUCGGCGUGAUUGGAUAUUCUUUACUUCCUCUUAUUGUAAUAGCACCUGUACUUCUGGUGGUUGGCUCAUUUGAUGUUGUUUCUACUCUAAUAAAACUUUUUGGAGUAUUUUGGGCUGCAUACAGUGCUGCUUCGUUAUUAGUUGGAGAAGAAUUUAAGACCAAGAAGCCCCUCCUAAUCUACCCCAUCUUCUUAUUGUACAUCUAUUUUUUGUCCUUAUAUACUGGGGUGUGACCUGCAGUGUUGGCUUUGGACAGGAACAAUGUCUUAGCUUGCCAUGAAGACUGAUGAAAUGUUGCCUGAUUGAAAAUACAAAAGACUGUGUCAUAUCUGGCUGUCAAGGUUUUAGUGGUAAUCCAACUAUAUCUGUGUAUAUUAUUUAAGCAGUUUUAGUUACAUUAGAGAUUUAUAACAGAGUUUUAGGUUGAAGACUUAAUAGAUUUUUAUUGAACAAGGUGAGAAUAUUGUGUUUAUAGCCUGAAAUUUCGGAAUAACAGUUUGUUACUUGUGCCAAAUGCACAAGGACCAUAUGAUUAGUACAUUAAAUUGAAGUGGAAUUCUGAUUACUGUUAAUAGUUCAUUUCUUUCAACACAGCAUUUUCUGUAGAUAUAUUUAUGAAUCAGUCCCUAUUGUUCAGACUAGCCUGUAACCAAGACAUGACCCUUAAUGUGGUGCCUUGCACACUCUUGAUUUGGCCAUUACGAAUUCUGACUCUUAAAAGUGUUUUAUGUGCAUCCGUAUGUAGGUUUAGGUUAUUUCCUUGUUGAAGCAGGGUCAUAGAUUCAUAACAAUUUGAGCAUCCAAAUGUUUGAAUUAUUCAUUGUUUUUUGAUAAAAUUGUAUGUAUGCCAUAGAACAUUUUUACAGUGUUGAUUUGGAAAUCUUUAUGAUAGUGGUGAUAAAUGGGGAGAAAGGUUUAAAUAAAUCUUACAGUUCUGAACCAAAUCUUAUAAUGGAAUAAACAAUCCUUCUCCAAAACUGUACUUGUUUUUAUAACACCUUGUUUUGCUGUUUUGACCUAUUACUAAUCCGUGUGGGGUAAUGUACUACUACUUAUGGUAAAAUGGCACUCCUUAAUAUGAGAUGAUACCUGAUGAAGAAUGGCAGCAGUUAGAUUUUGAUUAGCAACAGAAUUAAACUUGUGUUUUGAUGACCAGGAUAAUUUUGAGUUGGCUUAAGAAUAUUAUGGAAAUGGCUGUUUAAUAUUGGGCUCAAGAUUAACUUUUCCCCACCAAGAAGACUUGAAGUUAUAGUCUUAACUACAGGGACUUAUUUCAUAUGAUUUAGCAUUUCUAAAGUACACCCUUAGUCCAUGACACCUAUGGCGCUCUGUGCCCAUAAGCAGACUAAUUAUGCAUAUCAUCUGCUGGAUUGGGAACCCCAGGCACUAUUCAGAUACACAUCUGAAUAGGAAUACUUUUAGCACAUGUAUGCCUUUGAAUCAGAUUCACCUUUGGAUGUACAUCCCCACCCACAUUCUUAGGUAAGCAGUCAUGUGCUAAUAGGCAAUGUCGGUUGUUACUCAUACUUGGAGUAGCCCGAUUUAAAUGAAUGAAUAUUGAAUCCAUUGAUUUCAAUAGGUCCAAUCUGAGUUACUUGGUUGGACAUUGCCCAAUGUGUUCUCCCCAUUUUUAAAAGAUAUGAGCUGGAUCAGAGCCCUUGACAAUUGGGAUUUUAAAAAAUGAACCUUGCAAAACUGCUAGUAUAUUAUCAAACUGUUUUCUUGGUUACGAAAAUAACAACAAAAAAGGCUACUUUAGCAGCUGAUCAGCCUAAAAUUUCUUUAGACUGGGUUGUUUAAGUAACUGUUGAGGUAUUUAUUGUUUAAAUUGAAUUUAAACAAAUUAAACAACUGAGCAGUUCUUUCUAUGAUAUCAAGUUUCUAGUCUGGAUCUUGCACUAAACCAUGGUUUAUUGAACCAUGACAGUGUGUUAUGUGUGAAUUGUGUCUAGCAGCUUAACAAUGGCUUUUUAUGAUUUUUUUGUUGGCUUAUAAACCUUGCUUUCUUUUAAACAUGGAUUGGCAUAGUUAACUUUGGUUUGUUUGCCCACCUCACCCCAGAUGCUCACCAAACUGCAAAAGCACAAGGCCAAGAGCAGCUGGAAAAUAAAUCACUUGGAGAAACAAUCCAUGGUUUGAUCAUCUUUAGGACAAAUUGUGGUUAACCUGUUUGUUAGGCAAACCAUGUGAAGCAUGCCACUGUAUGUAUGAAUCACUUUGCCUGUGGGGUUUUUUCAUUAUUCAACUAGGCCCAAAUUAUUACUGAAAAAAUAACGUCUGGGUUAAUUCCUAGCUUGGAUGUACUGUGUUAAUUAUAUCAAGAAUGUAUUCCAUAAUGAGUACUUUAUUGAGAUGUUGCUAAAGGUUUUGCCCUUAAUCUAAAAUAUUACCUAAUUUCAGUAGAUCAUAACUUUAGUAGAGCCACUUCCUAUAUUAUAAUUUUCUAUGUUCCAAUUUUCUCACGUUGCUCUUGCAACUCACCCCAUCAGCAGAACCAAGAACAUGGGAAGGCUUCUAUGAAAGCUUCAGAGGUGCCUUCCAUGAAGAUGUUUAUGUAAGAAUCUAAGAAUAACUUGAUGAACCUAAUUAAUAGAAUAACCCAUGUAUAAGUGAUAAAUCUAAUUAUAAGUUUUCUGAAAGUAUAUGCUAAUAGUUCCAAUUAGCAUAUGCUCACCUCAGUAAUCCUGUGGUGACAGUUCUUUUUAGAACCAUGUAUGAUUAAAUGGCCUAGCGACAAUCAAUUGGCAUUUUUUUAAAUGAGAACUGUAUAUACAAAUGGAAGUACACAAAAUAUUGCUGCUAUUUAAAAUGUAAAUUCUAGCAUUGCAACUUUUAAUAACCAUUUUAAUUACUAAUAUUGGAGCCCAAGGACAUGGACUGAAGUUCAUUUUUAUAGUUUACAGUACUUGGAAUAUGCAGUACAGGGAGUAUACAGUACAGAACAACAAUAUGACUCUCGACUAACGGGGAAAGAUAAAAUGCAAUAGCCCAGUCUUUUUGAACUCACGUGAGAACAGUAAACAUAGACCUGGUAUAAUAUCUAGCUCCUUAAAGCUGUUGCUGCUGCUUUCUUAAACUUGUACCCUAGAAGACGUAGUGUGAUAUCCAACUUAAUUAGUAAUAUCAAUCAAUUUCAAUGGAUCUAUUCUAGGUAUGGCUAAUAUUAGAUAUUGUGCUCAGUUUGGAUUAAAGUGUAUAUUUGGGGUGUGUAUUUGGAUUUAACAUCAGUUUGUAUACACAUGAGCCGAACUACAUAAUGUUUCAAAAUAUAUUUCACCUCUGCAUAUGCUAUGCAAAGAAAUGGUUGGUAUAUUUAAUGGUUCUAACAGUUUAUAACAAAUGAACCUCUUUUCAUUACAUUUGAUUACUAUUUUUAGGCUAGGCAUAUGUAAAUACAGUAAAUGUAUUUUAUAAAAUUUGGAAUUAAACUUGUUUGCACAAUAUGUAUGAAGCUUAUUUGUACUCAUUAAACCUCCCAGCAACAGCAUCUUCCCCUGCUCCAGUCUUCCCAAUUCACUCCUCCAAGAUCUCCAUACCUAUCCUGUUUAAACUUGUGCAUUUCUAAAAAGUAAAUUAUUUUUAUAAGACUAUUGAUAACACAAGCUUUUGUGAUACCUGAAAACAUGUAACAUUUCUGUUUGACAUCACCUCGGAACAGUUCUGCCAUGAACUUCUUUUCUGUGGUGAUAGAUGUGGGUACUGCAGUUUGAUAAAACCCGCUUUGCUUUCAUAUUAAAUAUUUUGUCCUUGGGGAAAAAACAGUACGUUUGCAACACAAUUCCCCUCAUACUUUUAUAUACAUGACUGUUUUAAGGCGAAGAUGCCAAAACUUUAUUUUUGAAUUGAGGAAGCGUAAUAUUUUCAUUUGCUAUUUUUUCCCCUAUAUACCAGAAAAAUCUGAUGAUUGCUUUUUGGUCUUUUAAAGCAUACAUUGCUGAAGUUCAUAAUAAUUGGUAGUAUCAGCUAAAUACAAAUUCACAAGCAACUAAAACAAGUACACUUUUCAUAGUGCAUAUCGUGGCAUUUUCCUACCGUAUAUAUUGCAGUCAGGAGUCCUUCGCAAUUGAUGGCAGUGGUUUAAGUGUGCCCAGCAGCAUUCUCUCACCUCUCAUUGAGAGGUAGGACUCUUCUUACCCUCAUGUUUUCUGUUUGUCAAGUUUUCCUUGUUUUGUAUGGAUACAUAUUGAAAAUUUGACCUAGUGCCCUUCUACUGUCAACCUGGGGAGUGGAAAUUUUUGCCUAAUAAAUGUGCCAGUUACACUUCACGCAAGGAAGCAGCUGCUUAUGUUUCCCUGCUGCUGAACAAUAGAAACCCUUUUGCCUUAAUACAAACGUAGACACAAGUCCAUUUUGUGUUGAUACACUCAUCAAAAACAUGCCAGGAUUCUGUAAAAACUCACAUAUGGAGAAUGCAUAUUAGAAAGGUCAAGUGGAUAUCACUAUAGACUGGAUUUCAGAAGCUCAAAACGAGCAUUGGGAAUACUUCCUUUUGUUACAUUAUUAAAGAUUGCUCUGACUUGGGUGGUAAGAAAGGAAAGGGGACAACAAUUGUACUGUAUUGUUUAUGUUUUAUUAGUAAUAAAUAUAUCUAGAAAUAGUGGAACGUGGUUGGAAAGGGGUUCUUGAGAGGCAAGACUGCUUGCAACAUAAAACUGAAAACUAGGUUGGAGAUAAGACUGAAUAACUUGUAAACUUCACUAUCACCAUCAGUGUUUCAAAUGAAUGAAACAAUAAAAUUUCUUAACAUUCA